AUCAUCAGCGUAUGUUUUAGAAUAGAAUCCAAAGAUCCAUUAAUGUGACACUUUAACAAUCUGCUUUCAGCAAAGAUUGUACACAGGUUAUACCCUUUAUAUAUUUUAGUCCUAUGCAUCUUUACAGGUUUGUUUCCCCAAAAGAGAGACCUCGUUUUAAAAAAAGAGAUGAAAACAUCACAGAAAAUCAUUUGUAUCAUAUUGUUUUUAAAAGGUGUUUGGUGUAGAGAUUGGAACAUCAGUCUGCCAGAGAAGAUUGAAGCUUUGACUGGAUCCUGUGUGACCAUAAACUGCACAUUUGAUAUUAAUAACACUUAUGACCUUGAUCUCAAUGACACUGCUGUAGGAAUAUGGUUUAAAAAUAACCAUGACGCGUCUGGAACUAUAAUGUAUAACUCCAGUAUCAGUAACAACCUUGGAAAAAUAACUGGAAAUUUAAAAGACAAGGACUGUACCACCGACUUUUAUAACGUUAGUUCAAAUCACAGUGCAAAGUUUUUCUUCAGGAUUGAAGGAAAAGGUAAACUGCGAUGGACCUAUGCACAAAAAUAUGUUUCAAUACAUGUGAUUGAGUCUCCCCCCAACCCGACGGUAAAGAUGUUUAUGGGGCAGAUGGAGGUUCAGGAGGUGUUAGAGGGGAACGCUGUAAAUCUGCGCUGCUCUGCUAUCACUCUCUGCUGCUCUUCUUCACCACCAACUCUCACAUGGAGAUCCACUGACGGACUCUCUCUCAAUGAGAACAACAGACAGCAACAACAAAAUCAAACUGAGAUCAUCUCUGAUCUGAACUUCACUGCUUCUCAUCUUCAACAUGGAGUCACUUUCAUCUGCAAUAUAACCUACCAGCUACAGAACAGGAACGCAACAGCACAGAGCAACAUCACGUUACGUGUUCUGUAUGCUCCUAAAAACACAUCAGUAUCUGUGUUUCCAUCGGACUCUGUCCUGGAGGGCGCUUCAGUAUCUUUGACCUGCAGAAGUGAUGCAAAUCCAGCAGUGCUGAACUACACCUGGUUCAGAGAGAAUGGAGGACGGCUGGAGCAGCUACAGACUGGACAGAAUCUAACCGUCAAUGUGACUGAUCGAACACACGCACGCUACUACUGUCGAGCGGGAAAUCAACAUGGUACACAAAACACAUCAGUGUUACUGGACAUCCAAUGUGCUCCUAAAAACACAUCAGUAUCUGUGUUUCCAUCUGACUCUGUCCUGGAGGGCACUUCAGUAACUUUGACCUGCAGAAGUGAUGCAAAUCCAGCAGUGCUGAACUACACCUGGUUCAGAGAGAACAGAGGACGUCUGGAGCAGCUACAGACUGGACAGAAUCUAACCGUCAAUGUGACUGAUCGAACACACACAGGUCGCUACUACUGCCGAGUGGAAAAUCAAUAUGGUACAGAAAACACAUCAGUGUUGCUGGACAUUCAGUGCUUCAACUUUUCCUUUGUGCUAAUUGGAGUUGCUGUUGGUGUUUCAAUGAUAGUGAUCCUGUGUGCCAUUACAUGUAUCUGUAAACGAAGAGGAGGAGCUGUUCAGAAUAGAAAACCCUCCCAGAACAGACCAGAAGGAACUACAAGAAGCAUUUCGACAAAUGAGAAUGAGGGAGAGUCUAUUUAUGUCAAUAGAGACGUUCUGUCAUCUGCUGGAGCGGAUACACCAAAUCAGCAAGAAUCUCUCCAUUAUGCCUCCAUCACCUUCACAGAACACAAAACAGAGCCAGGAGAGAGCAGACGUGUCUCUUCACUUGAUACCGUAUACUCUGUUCUUAAAUAUUCUUCUGCAGGAAUGCAGAAGUGCACUACAGAUGUGAGUGCAGAUGUGGUUACUAAACAAGUAAAGUCAAAGAACUCUGAUGAAGCUGAUGAACUUGCAGACUCCGUUUCUCAGUUAUAUGCACAAGUUAAACGUCGAAACCCACGGAGUACUGGAGACUAAGACUUGUUUCACAAAAAACACUGUCACACUGCAAGUAACGAAGUGUAUGUGUGAGCAGCAAUUGGAGUACAUUUUCUGCAGAGCAUAGCACUCAUUGCAUGGGUUAAAACAAAAUACUUUUUAGCAACCACCUAGAAACCCCUAGUUAUCAUGACAGAACCUAAUAUAACAAAGAUUCGCUUAAUAGGAGGUGUUAUAAUCCCACUAUUUCAGCACAGUUUAAUUGUCCAAUAGGACAUUUCCCACGCCUUAUACAAGGGGAAGCAGUCAAGAAUAUGAAUAGAGGAUUGGAAAAUACUGUAAGGUUUGUAGACCAACUCAAAUGUAAAGCUUGCUUGAACUAAAAGGCUGGUAUUAUACAUAUUCCACAAACAGUAAACAUCACUUUGAUUCUUUAUGAUAUUUUUGACUCAUGUUUUACUGUAUUUCCUCAAAUAUAAUUAACUAACCCAUGUUUAUAAUGUAAUUCACAUCUGUCUGUUUAGAUUGUCAACAAUGUUUCAGUAUGAAUUUAUUUCAACUUUUUAAAAUUAUUUAUUAAAUAUUUUAACUUUUUUGUAAUGUGAUAAAUGUAUAAAUUAAAGC